AACCUAUAACCAAACAUGAAUGAAAAAACAAAACAUUUGGUUCGAUUUUGCAAAUUGAAGUCGGCAAUUUUGGCAGGUAUGUGAGUCCAGAAUCUAUCCAACUCAUUUCUCUAUUAUGGUGACUUGUGAGAUCAAUAAUGAAUCAAGUGGGUUACAAAAAAAUAGUAAAAAGUCAAAAGCUUCGCGAAAGAAGGUUCUUCUCCUUCUUACAUGUGUUCCAAUCUCCAUCCCCUAUUAUUAGAUUAAUAAUAAAUCGAGAUAUGUUUAAAAAAUCUGGUUGCUGAAAAAACCGUAUCAACUCUUUACAUAUUUAAACAGGCCCACGCAAACAAGAUUAGCAAUAACUGUGUCGAUUUGUCCUAAUAAUUUCCCAAAAUAUUUUAAAACAUCCACGUGUCCCUACUUGCUGACGUCACAUUUCCCUUUUUUAUUUUUAAAAAUCAAUCAUCUCCUUCAUUCAAUCAUCCAUCAUCUCCUUCCUAGGAAAACUUCUAAUUGUGUUGCAGAGAGAUGUUCUCUUCCUCCACUCUCGUCUAUUCUCUUUCCCUCUUCCUCUCCCUCUCACUCCUCUCCUUCCUCUUCUUCCUCUCUUCCUCCCGCCACGACAUCCUCUCCCCCGCCGAUGAACUCGACGACCUUUCCCUCUUCCACCGCGCCGCCGUCUCCUCCUCCUCCAGCAACCGCCGCCUCAUCUCCCUCUCCGAAACUCCCCCUCCUCCUCCCAAGAUCGCAUUCCUCUUCCUCACGAACUCCGAUCUAACCUUCCUCCCUCUCUGGGAACGCUUCUUCCAAGGACACGAGCAUCUCUACAACGCUUACAUCCACGCGGAUCCAUCCUCGCGCAUCUCCCCCCUCCUCUCCUCCACGAUCAACGUCAAAUUCAUCCCGGCCAAGAAAACCGCACGCGCUUCCCCUUCCCUAAUAUCCGCGGAACGGCGGUUGAUCGCACGCGCCAUCCUCGACGACCCUAACAACCUCUACUUCGCUCUCGUCUCGCAGCACUGCAUCCCUCUCCACUCCUUCGCGUACAUCCACAACCACCUCUUCUCCGCUCGAUCCUCACCACAAUCUCACCACCCAAGCUUCGUCGAGAUCCUCUCCGACGAGCCUUUCCUCCCGAAACGGUACGCCGCGCGUGGAUUCGACGCGAUGAUGCCGGAGAUUUCGUACCAGGACUUCCGCGUGGGGUCUCAGUUCUUCGUUAUGGCGAAGCGUCACGCGUUGAUGGUGGUCAGGGAGAGGAAGCUGUGGAGGAAGUUUAGGUUGCCUUGCGUCGAUGGUGGAUCUUGUUACCCCGAAGAGCAUUAUUUCCCGACGUUGUUGUCUCUUGAGGAUCCUGAAGGCUGUAGUCAUUUUACUCUCACACGUGUUAACUGGACCGGGAGUGUUGGCGGUCAUCCUCACACGUACGGGGCGAACGAGGUGUCGCCUCGGCUGAUUCGCUCGCUGAGGAGAUCGAAUUCGAGUUUGGAUUACUUCUUCGCGAGGAAGUUCUCACCGGAGUCGUUGCGAGGGCUGAUGGAGAUAGCAGAUGAUGUGAUCUUCAGGGAUUGAAUCAAUGAAAGUGAAUUAGGUCUGAAGUUUUAGAAGAAGUUUGUGGUUGGCGCUCCUCGAAGAAGAGUGGCAAAUAAAGGUGAAACUCUUGUGUGCGUGUGUGUGUUUACACUGUGUCUUAGGGAAAUUAGAUGGCUGGAUUGGGUGUAAAAGGAAAAUGUAAAUAGUCCUCAAGGGCAAAGUGAAAGCGAUCAUCAAGUUGUGGCCAGAUCGGCUCUCUUUUUGUUUUCAUCUCCUUUCCCUCUGGAGACAUAGAGAGAGUGUGAAUGGCAAAAGGGCCUUCCCCUCUCUUUUGUUUCAGAAAAGUGUGAAUGUAACAAAUCUUUGUUAUAUUGAAUACCAUUGUACUUCCAUGCCA